GUCAUCAGAAAUAUCAAUCUGACUUCUAAUCUGCCCCGUAGUGGGUGCGCGAAGAAUUAACCACUAGUGUCUGGUGGGCCGCCAGUUGUUCUGACGGAGGAUGCGAAGGUAGAUUCGAACGUAUAAUGUAGGUACUAUGGUAGACAGAAAAGGUGAAUCUUUACACUGUGAAGGAUUGUUCAGGUGGCAUGCUUCAGUGGCACUUUGUCAAAAAGAAGAAAACGUGUUCAUGUUUUCAGAAUAUGCUCAGGAAUAAAACUUUUUGAUGGCGUCGUGAACGGCAAAAUAACUUUUUGAAGACGUAGUCCAACUUGUGUGAGAGACAGGGACAAUUUAUUACAUUCCAAAUAAAACGUGUGUCAAAGGAUAAUGUCUACUACUGUGUCAACCACGGCGUUGUCGGAGCAGGAAGUCGUGGCCCCUACGGUGGACGCGGGGGCAGUUCAGAUUGAGAUGGGUGAUACUACGGCUUUGGCGGAAGCGCCGCGUGUGGAACUUAUGAUGGACGAAAAGGCAGCAGAAAGAGCAAGAAUGAGACGAGAACACAUUAGAAAGGUCAAAAUAUGUUGUCAGAAAUUCUGGGCAUUUUUGUUUUCUCACAUUGGAUUAUCUGGAUUAGUGGUGGGGUAUUCAAUCAUGGGAGGGUUCCUUUUCCAGGCCCUCGAGGCCCCUAAAGAGAAACAAGCCAUGACGGAUAUGUUAGCGUUACGUAAUGAUACUAUAGAGGAUAUAACAGAAAAAGCAAUGAAGUUGUUUAACCAAAGAGAGGUACUGCGGACAAAUGUCUUACAACUUAUAAAAUCUUAUGAGGAGAAAUUGAUUAAAUCAGUGAAAGAAAACGGGUGGGAUGGAAUAAAUAAUUUAGAAGAAACAAAAUGGACAUACGCUGGAGCAUUAUUAUUUGCAGUAACAGUCAUUACGACGAUAGGUUACGGGCACGUAGCACCGAAAACCAACGCAGGUAGAAUAGUAACAAUUCUUUACGCACUUGUCGGCAUUCCGUUGACGUUUUUAUGCCUAGCCAAUAUUGGUGACUUUUUAGCGGACUGUUUCCGAUGGAUGUACUCAAGGAUCUGCUGUGGGCUAUGCUGCUUGUUAUGGGCGCCGCCUAAGAAACGGCAACGAAGAAUGAGAGAGCUUGAAAUGCAGCAGGAAGCAAAGGAACUAGCUAAAGAACAAAAUAAGGAGCCGGGUAGUACCAAUAAAAAGGAUAAACGUAAAGGUAGUGAUAAGAAAAAGGAUAUGAAUAAGUCAAUGAAGGUGAAGAAACGAAAAUCAAAAUCGAGGAAGGAAGAUAGAAAUCGAGAUAGCGGGUUGACUGAGACGAGUUUGUUGGAGCUGUGUGACGAAACCCAGCAGCAGCAUGAGGCCAAUAUGGCGGACAUGGACGCAGAUCUCGCAGAAACGGAAUUCCAGGAUAUCAUGAACCAGUAUGAGGAGUUUAAAAAUAGUCAAAUAUCUUUGGCAGAUACUAAAAUUCACCUUAAGGACGAGGAUGUUAUCAUAAGUGUUGAUCAGUUGUUUACUUGCAAGGAGACUGAUUUGACGAAUUUGUGGGACCAUAAUGCGCCCACGGAAAUAGCAUCUGAUGCGGACGAUACGUUGAAAAGAUCAAAGUUCAGUCGGAAAAAGCGCUCGUCGAGACGGCGACGAAAUCGAAGAAAAGAUAAGCGGUGGAAGAGUGAUACGGAGAUUAUGUUUAAGGAUUUAGGUAGAGAUAGAGAGAAGGAUUCGGAGAGGGAUGGGUGUGAAAAAUACAGUGAAGGCUUAGAGGUUCUUGAUCGUGAUUAUGACGAUACAAAGUCCAAUAAAGUGGAUAUUUCCAAAGUCGACAUAAAAAAAGUCCGCGUUCCGAUAUCACUGUGUCUUUUAGUUAUUCUCUUGUACAUAUUAGCCGGGGCAUUACUGUUUUCCCGAUGGGAGUCAUGGGACCCUCUCACUGGAUCAUAUUUUUGUUUCGUCACUCUCAGCACCAUUGGUUUUGGUGAUAUAGUGCCUGGUACUCAGUUAGACGCCUGGGAAUCCCAGGAAAAACUUGUGGCCUGUGCCAUGUAUUUGGCAUUGGGUCUCUCAGUGCUUGCCAUGUGCUUCAACCUGAUGCAAGAAGAAGUGAAGGAGAAAUGCAGAUGGCUUGCAAGAAAGGUUGGCAUUCUGGAAGACGACUGAAUCUUACUACUUCAUUCUAUUAAAGGAUUAAUCUACUUUUUAUGUAGGUGUCCAUUUUACAAUGUAUGUCCAUUUCUAAGUGCGGGUUCUGAUCCUUUAUUUAUGCAUUCAUCACUUUCCUCAAGAAUUACGCUUAUCUUAAGAAGUCUUAUGGAAAUGGCAAUUCAAAAGCACUUAAAAUCCUGCUUCACUUUCCUUUUUUUUAGAACUGAACCAAUCAGAAGCGGUUAUUAACGACCUACGAUCAGCUUUUCUUUAGGAAAGUGGUGAGUUAGCCCUCAUCAAGUUCAUGUAUCAUUGAGCAAGAUGACUCCAUCUCCUGGUUAUAAGAUAAACCAGCCACUGUUCGCCCUUCUGUUCUUUCAUUAGACCUGUGAACGCAUCGACAUCCUAUACUCUCGUUAUAUAUAAAUAAACUAAAUAGUCCAAUCUUUCUAAGCGCUAGUUCACCUGACGUUCUGACAUGCUAUGCAGUCCGGUAUCUUUAAGCACCAGACAUGCCUGAAAAGAUUGUGGAGCGUUUUCAAAGUUCCAAGCCACAAAAAAAAUCCGGUAAUUCUUCAACUAAUUAUGGAUGCCUCACUAUAACCGCUGCCGCCAGAACAAGGCACAAUGCUUCAUACGCUGUUACCAGUGCUGGACUGUAACAAAAAUGCUUUAGAAUUAUCAAAAGCAAGAGACGAGAAGCUUUAAACCCGACUCUGAUAGCUGAAUCUACAAAAUGGAGAACACAUCAGGGUGAAAUUCACCCCACCCCAUAUCCCUUACACUGUUUUCCCACAGUUUUCGCAAGA